AUGGAUAUCGGAAAGAUAAUAAAUGAUAUAGAACAGAAUUUAUUCCUUCCGAAGUCCUUAAUAGCCAUCCAUCCACACUUCCCGAAUGCUUCACCACAAGAUUGUUCAUAUGAAAUUAAAUUCGAUAUAAUUGACGAUUGUUCCAUAGCAUCAUGUGGCUGUUGCUUUUCUAACUCAUUAUUCAGAACAAUAUCUCAUGAGGUAAACUCCAAAGAGAUCAAAUGCCCCAGCUGUGACACGCAAAAUGUACAUUUAAUCGGACCGGUGAAACCAUUAAGAAAUUUAUAUCAUCAACUGAUAUAUUUUAAAUCUCAAUUAUCUAACUAUUCAUCAAGUUCACCCCCAGAAACCAUCACAUCACGAGAUUCUAUAGAACAUACAGGAAGAUCGUCAUCAUCCUUACACUCAUCAUCGGAUGAUGAAACUUUGGAGAGGAACAAGACUACUCUGAUAGGCUUAUUUCAUUCUAUUGCCUCCAGCAUAGAUUCUGAAGAAGAUAAUAAUAAUAGUAAUACCCCUACCUUAAUAUGCAACAAGACCGCAGAACCAAGACCAUACGAAAAGGCAAAUUAUCAACCGGUUAACGAAACUGAGAGCCUCGGGCGCAUAGAUGAUUUGAAAAUGCUGGAUAAUAUUUCCAAUACAAGAACAUUAUCAAUAUCUCAAGAUAAUAAGUCAUCUUCAAAUUCUGUUUCUAUUGCCACUCACGAUCAAAGGACAAUUACCGGCACUGUCACUUCGACGGCUCAAAAUAAAACCUCUAAUGAUAAUAGUAUAUCAACAAUAACUAUGGAUGAAAAAAAAGAAUAUUAUUUUGCCAAAUGUUUCCCCAGUUAUAGAAAAAAAUUGCAAUACAAUACCCAUUCUAAAUUUUUAAGGACAAAAUCUAAAGUAUUUAUCAAUAAUUCAAUCUCACCAGACUGCUCCAAAUUUGCAUUAAUAACUGAACAUAAAUGGGAGGUAUACUCCAUUAAUGGCAACUCUGCUCCAACUUUAUUAUUUUGUGGGAAAUCUAAUGGUGAAUUUGGUCCAUCAUUUGACACUUUAACCUUGCCAGCAGAUAAAUCUGUUUUAUAUCCAACGAAGGGAAAAAGAAUAACCAAUUGGGAACAUCUCUAUUGUCGUUUAUCCAAUGAUUUCUUGGUUAUAUCAGGAUCAAAAAAUGUUUUCCGUGUAUACAGUCUGCAUAAGGAGGGGGAGCCAAUUUACACGUACAAGUCAUCCUUCGCCAUAAGAUGCAUUGAUAUCGAUCCAAAUUCAAAACUUAUAGCUUGUAGUAUUCUUGGGAAGGAUAGGAAUACUGGUUCUGAACAAGCUUUAAUCGUAUUCCAUCGGAUUGAAGAAAACAAAGUAACAUUAGAACCAAACUUCCUCUCUCCAAUGACUAUCAUUCUACCAUACAGAGAUCCCAUCAAUACUUUGCAAAUAUCCAAUGAUGCACAAUACUUAUCAUGUUCAACAGCAUUAGAAUCUCGAUUCUUAAUUAUAUCUCUGAAGAAAAUAAAUGAACCAAGACUAAUUAUGAAAAGUUUAAGAUCAAUAGACACUUCUCAAGAAUCCGAGGGAAUUACGGACACAAAAUUAUUUCCUGGUAAUCCUAAUAUAAUGUGUGUCACCUCUUCUGCAUUUAAUUCACCGCCAAUUGUAAUUAACACUAAGAUUGAAAAUAUUGAUGGAAUAAGGAGUGUAGCGCAACCUAGUAUGCUGAUAAAAUUGGAUAAAUUGGGAUCCAAGAUCCAUAAAUGUGAAAUAUCUCCCAGAAGCGACUCUAUUGCAUUUUUAGAUCGUAAUGGAUCUGUUUAUAUCAUGUCUGCACCAACAAUGAUGGAUAGAGAGAAGAAGAGACUUGUAUUGGUGGACAUGGUAUCAAAUGCAUACAGAGUCCAUGAAGCAGCUUCAUUGAGGUUUAGUACAGACGGUCACAAAUUAUUUAUUCUUGAUAGGAAGGGCAUAUUGUAUAUUGAAGAUUUUGCUUAUGAUACACCUGAAAAUCGUGAAGUAACAAAAUGCAAAUUGAUUAGUUGA